AUUUAAAUGGCGACGUAUCACAAAUAAUUGAAUGUAGGUUGACCGUGAAUGGACUCACAUUCCAGUACAGUAAGUGGCGGUGUAUGCACCUUACGAUCCGCCAACCCAAUCCCAAAGAAGAAGAAGAAGAAGAAACAUCUAAUUAUUGUAUCUUGCGAAAAUGACUGUAGGGGAGGAGCCGAUUGCGUGGGAUGGGUGUCUGGUAAAGAAACGUUGAAAGUAGUCAGAUGGAUAUAAGUAGCUAGCUAAAUGAGAAGGAACCCAUUUUAAGUGCUAACGCACUCUUUCAAGAAAGCAUAUUCGACUGAAUCGGAUAUUUACAUUUUUGUGUAGCCAUAUCAAUGCCCAAGUGUGAUAUUUAGCUAGCAUGGUGUUACAAAGGAAACAUUAAGAUGUUGUAGCUAGCAAGCUAACGUUAUCACGAAGUUACACAGAAGGAUACAAACUGAUCAUCCAAAGCUAGCUGAUAUACUACGAGCCAACGGUAGUGAACUACAUUAUCUUGUCAAGCAACGAAGAGAACACAACCAACAUUUGGGAAAUUGUAAUAUGAAAGAAGACGUGUCGGAGAAAUUAGGAUUUGUCCCUCAAAAAGACAUAGUCUACAACAAACUUCUUCCUUACGCGGAUAUAUUAGACGAGGAAUCCAAUGACCUUUUGGGUAAAAUCAAAGGAAACUUGGGCCGGGCUGUCCAGCUUCGAGAGAUAUGGCCGGGUGUCUUGUUUUGGACCAGGAAACUUUCCACGUACAUGCGGCUGUACGGCAGGAAGUUCAGCAAGGAGGACCAUGUGCUGUUCAUCCAGCUGCUGUACGAGCUGAUCACCAUCGACAAGCUGGAGAUCAGUAUGAUGCAAGGACUAGCCCGGCUGCUCAUCAACCUCCUUAAGAAAAGAGAGCUGCUGUCGCGGGAGGAUCUUGAGUUGCCUUGGAGACCCCUGUAUGAGCUGCAAGACAGAAUCCUCUACUCAAAGACUGAACACCUGGGACUAAACUGGUUCCCCAACUCAGUGGAAAACGUUUUGAAAACACUUGUGAGAAGCUGCAGACCGUACUUCCCGGAGACGGCCACCCAGGAGAUGUUGGAGGAGUGGCGUCCACUGCUCUGUCCAUUUGAUGUGACCAUGCAGAGAGCUAUAGGAUACUUUGAGCUCUUCCUCCCCACCACCCUACCCCCAGAGCUGCACCACAAGGGCUUUAAGUUAUGGUUUGAUGAACUCAUCAGCUUGUGGGUGGCAGUACAGAACCUUCCAGGUUGGGAGGUGCAUCUUGUCAACCUGUUUGCCCGGUUGGCCAACGACAACAUUGGCUACAUUGACUGGGACCCUUAUAUACCCAAGAUCUUCACCAGAAUCCUACGUAGUCUGAACCUCCCGGUGGGGACCAGUCAGAUGCUGGUUCCCAGAUACCUGACAAACGCCUACGACGUCGGGCACGUGGUCCUCUGGGUCUCAGCUUUACUGGGAGGCCCCAGUAAGCAAGCCCAGGCACAGCUCAGUGGCCUUUUCAACAGCAUCACAUCUUUCUUCCACCCAUCCAACCAUGGACGCUGGCUGAUGAAGUUGAUGAAGCUGCUGCAGCGCCUCCCGGCCAGUGUGGUGCGGCGGCUCCACCGGGAGCGCUACCGGAAACCCACGUGGCUCACGCCAGUACCGGACAGCCACAAGAUGACAGAGGCGGACAUCACAGCGUUCGUGGAGAGUAUGAUGCAGCCGGUGCUGCUGGCCAUGUUCAGUAAGACAGGCAGUCUGGACGCUGCUCAAGCCUUGCAGAACCUGGCCCUCAUGAGGCCCGAACUUGUCAUACCACCAGUGCUGGAGAAAACCUACCCUGCUAUGGAGACACUGACAGAGCCCCACCAACUGACUGCCACCCUGAGCUGUAUGAUCGGUGUGGCUCGCAGCCUGGUGUCUGGGGGCCAGCGCUUCCCCGAGGGCCCCACACACAUGCUGCCCCUCCUCAUGCGGGCCCUUCCCGGGGUCGACCCCAACGACUUCAGCAAGUGCAUGAUAACAUUCCAAUUCAUUGCUACGUUUGCGACUCUUGUGCCUUUGGUGGACUGUUCAUCUGCUGUUCAUGAAAGGAGCGACCUGACAGAGGUGGAGAGAGAGAUGUGCUCAGCCUCUGCAGAGUUUGAGGACUUUGUUCUUCAGUUCAUGGACAGGUGUUUUGCCCUGAUAGACAGCAGUACUCUAGAGCAGACCAGAGAGGAGACAGAGACAGAGAAGAUGACCCAUCUGGAGAGCCUGGUGGAGCUGGGACUAUCUUCUACCUUCAGCACCAUUCUCACACAGUGCUCCAUAGACAUCUUCAAGGUGGCUCUGGAGAAGGUCUUCAACUUUGCCACCACCAACAUCUUUGAGACUCGUGUGGCUGGCAGGAUGGUGGCUGACAUGUGCAGAGCAGCUUCCAAGUGUCACCCGGCACAGUCUCUGAAGCUUUUUGUACCCCACUGCUGCAAUGCCAUAAACCAGAUCGCUGUCAAUGAAGAGGUGUUGAGUGAGGAGGAACUGGAUAAGGAGUUACUAUGGAACCUUCAGCUACUGUCAGAGGUGACUCGUGUGGACGGGGACAAGAUCCUUCCCUACAGCACCCAGCUGGUUCAGAUCCUGCAGCUGACCCUCCAUCUAAAGUGUAAACAGGGCUACACCCUGGCCUGUAACCUGCUGCAUCAUAUCCUGAGGUCUACAGCCCUCAUCUACCCCACAGAGUACUGCAGUGUACCUGGAGGCUUUCAGCAGCCCACACAGGACUACCUGCCCAUCAAGGAUUGGGGUCGUCCGGGGGACCUGUGGAACCUGAACAUCCAGUGGCACGUCCCCAGAAUGGAGGAGACCAGCUUUGUGUUCUACGUUCUAGACCUGAUCCUACAGCCAGAGCUGCUCCGACUACAGAGAUACGCCCAGGGGGAACGGGACAUGACCAGGGAUGACGUCCUCCAGAGUUUGUCCAUUGUACAGCACUGCCUUCUGGGAGCAGGUAGCCUGUUGCCCCUGCUGCAAGGAGAGCCCAUCCCUGAACUGGUGACUAGCAUGGUGAAUCUGGGGGAGACUAACCUCUUCACAGGGAUGGCCGAUGAUGUGUCCAGAGAGAACUACAGAGAUGCUAUCUGCAGAGUGAUGAGGCAGCUGCUACAUCACAUUCUGGAGCACUCAGAGGACGACACCAAGUCUCUGUUCUCCAUCAUCAAGAUCAUCAGUGACCUGCUGCACUUCAAAGGCUCUCACAAACAAGAGUUUGACUCUCGCUGGAAGAGCUUCAACCUGGUCAAGAAGUCCAUGGAGAACAGGCUUCACGGCAGGAAGCAGCACAUCCGAGCCCUGCUAAUCGACAGAGUCAUGCUACAGCACGAGCUGCGUAAGCUAACAGUGGAGGGGUGUGAGUACAAGAGUAUCCACCAGGAACUGAUGCGGGAUCUGCUGCGGCUCUCUACCAGCACCUACAGUCAGGUGCGUAGCCGGGCUCAGAGUGUGCUGUUCACAGCUCUGGGGACCUAUAACUUCUGCUGCAGGGACCUGAUCCGUGUGCUGGAGUUCCUGGAGCCAGACCGCUCCGACGUCACACAGCAGCAAUUCAAAGGUGCCUUGUACUGUCUCUUGGGGAACCACAGUGGGGUGUGCCUGGCCAACCUGCAUGACUGGGACUGCAUCACCCUGACCUGGCCUGCCAUCGUCCGCUCAGGACUCAGCUCAGCUAUGUCCCUGGAGAAGCCCUCCAUCGUCCGCCUGUUCGACGACCUCGCUGACAAGGUCCACCGCCAAUACGAGACCAUCGGCAUCCACUUUGCUAUCCCAUCAGAAUGUCGUGCAACGGCGGUGCAGCUCCAGACCUCCGGUGUUCCCCUGCCUCAGGACCCUGUCCCCUCAGACCAGGAAGAAGCAGAGGGCCUCAGAAAGCAGGAGGAGAAGAACCUCGACUCAGUUCAGAAAUAUGAGAGUCUGGUUGGUGAACUUCUGGACUGCCUCAACGACAGAAACAUGCCCUGGAAGUUUGAGCACAAUGCCAUUGGAUUCAUGUCUCUGUUGCUGAGAGAUGACCACCCUCUCCCCUCCCCUGCUGUCCUGUUCUUUGUCAAGAGCCUCAACCACGACUCCCUCCUGGUCCGCAAGUUGGCGAUAUCAGCAGUGGCAGGGAUCAUGAAGCAACUCAAGAGGCCGCAUAAAAAAGUACCAGUCAGCCCCAACGAGCUCUGUGAUCUAAAGGAGCCGGCUGGUAUGAUAGCAGGAGACAGGCCUGAUAACCAAUGGCUCCAGUAUAACAGUAGCAGUCUGCCUCGUACCCAGCAGGACUGGGAGGGCUGUACAUUCGUAGAGAAGACCCACUGGGGAUACUACAGCUGGCCACAGAAACUCAUGAUGUACUCUCCCUCUGAGGAGCAGCCCAAACAGGGACUGACCAGAGAGGAGAUGACAGAGCGAGAGCAGAUCAUCUACGACCACUUUUCAGACCCAGUGUUCAUCAACCAGCUGAUUGAAUUCCUCUCUCUGGAGGACCGGAAGGGCAAGGACAAGUUCAGCCCCCGCAGGUUCUGCCUUUUCAAGGGUCUGUUCCGUAACUUCAACGAUGCCUUCCUGCCCGUGCUGAAACCACACAUGGAGCGUCUGGUGGCCGACACACACGAGAGCAAACAGCGCUGUGUAGCAGAGAUCACUUCUGGACUGAUCAGAGGCAGCAAGCACUGGAGCUACGGCAAGGUUGAGAGUCUGUGGGAGCUGCUGUGUCCUCUGCUUCGUACAGCACUGAACAACAUCACUGUAGAGACCUACGCUGACUGGGGCACCUGCAUCGCCACUGCCUGUGAGAGCAGAGACCCCAGGAAGCUCCACUGGCUGUUUGAGAUGCUGAUGGAAUCUCCAGUCAACGGGGAGGGGGGAUCCUUCGUAGACGCCUGUCGUCUGUAUGUGCUGCAGGGGGGCCUGGCUCAGCAGGAGUGGAGAGUCCCUGAGCUGCUCCACAGACUACUGCAGUACCUAGAGCCCAAACUCACACAGGUCUACAAGAACGUCCGCGAGCGCAUCGGCAGUGUCCUCACCUACAUCUUCAUGAUAGACGUCAACCUGCCGUACACUCAGCCCACAGCCUCGCCUCGCAUCAAGGAGUUCACAGAGCGGGUACUGCUGCGCCUCAAACCCCUGACGGAGGGGGACGAGGAGAUCCAGAACCACGUGGUAGAGGAGAACGAUGUGGGGGAGCAGGACGAGAGGACACAGGCCAUCAAACUACUGAAGACAGUACUCAAGUGGCUGAUGGCCAGUGCUGGACGCUCCUUCUCCACGGCUGUUCCAGAGCAGCUCCAGUUGCUGCCACUGCUGUUCAAGAUCGCUCCGGUGGAAAAUGAUGACAGUUAUGAUGAGCUGAAGCGGGACGCUAAGACCUGUCUGUCUCUGAUGUCCCAGGGACUGCUCUACACAGAGCAGAUACCACUGGUCCUACUGGCCCUGCAAGAGAUAGCGGGCAGCAGUUCGUGGCAUGCUCGCUACACGGUGCUGACGUACCUACAGAUCAUGGUCUUCUACAACCUGUUCACCUUCCUGAGCAACCAGGGAGCCGUCAACGACGUCAGAGCACUGGUCAUACGCCUGCUGGAGGACGAGCAGCUGGAGGUGAGGGAGAUGGCUGCCACCACGCUGAGCGGUUUCCUGCAGUGUAACUUCCUGUCCAUAGAGGGCCCCAUGCAGAGCCACUUCGAGGUCCUCUGCAAGACCCGCCUGCCCAAGAAGCGGAAGAGGGAGCUGGGCUCCGUGGUGGACACCAUCCCCUCCGGAGAUCUGGUGCGGCGUCAUGCUGGAGUGUUAGGUCUGAGUGCCUGUAUUCUGUCCAGCCCCUACGAUGUUCCCACCUGGAUGCCCCAACUACUGAUGGACCUCAGUGCCCACCUCAAUGACACACAGCCCAUUGAGAUGACGGUGAAGAAGACCCUGUCGAACUUUAGACGGACUCAUCAUGACAACUGGCAGGAGCAUAAACAGCAGUUCACUGACGACCAGCUGCUGGUUCUGACCGACCUGCUGGUCUCUCCCUGCUAUUACGCCUAGAUACCUGGGUCCUGGUGCAACUUUCAGGAGAUUUUUAUGUUUUCUUAAUGGAGGAACGUUAUCCUCGAUGCCAGAGUGAGGAAUUGUCAAAAGGCUCAAAGAGGGCAUUAGACUGGGAAGGUCUCAGACUGAACAGAACAGGCCCGUAUUCAAAAAGUGGUUUAGAGUAGGAUUGCUGAUCUAGGAUCAGUUUUGCCUUUCAGAUCAUAUUGAAUACCAUUAUAUGGACAGGGCGACCUGAUUCUCGAUCAGCACCUCUACUCUGAGACACUGUGUGAAUACAGGCCCAGAACAGAACACACCAGCCUGCAUGAGGCGUAGACCAAACCCUCACAUCCAGGACCCUGCACUCUGGCCAGACCAACGGACAACAUCUGGGUCGUAUUCAUUAGGCAUCAAACGGAAGACAAUAGAAUGAAAAACAGGGAGGAACUACCUGGGACUUGUCCAUUAAGGACCGCUUGUUUUUGUGUGUGGGGGGGGGCUUUUUCUGUGUUUUUUUUAUGAUGUACCCUGAAGACCCUAAAAAGGGGGGACGGGGGGAACACGAAUGCGUAAUGGUUGAAUGGAUGGAAUAAAGGUUGUGUAUUUAGCGCUGAUUUACAUUUUUACUAUACUUAAUAUUUAAGGAUAAACCAUAGCAGGGAUGAUUGUCCUGCGGUUUGUAAUACUACUGUACAGUUUUUCUUAAAUUUUUAUUUUCUUUAUUUGCUUGCGUGUGUUAAUGUGGAAUGCUUGAUGAUACCCUACCUCUGGUCCAAGGUGUAGUGUGCGUUUCUCCACUAAUGCACCACUACUUGUGGAGGAGUGCACGCUACGCCCUGCACCAGAGCUAUUCCCUGUCCCCUCCGUACUAUUGCUCUCAGCACAAAAUCCCCUCAAUGUUAUCAACUCUGAGCCAACUAACUGUAUUAUCCCAGUAGAGGGUAGAAACCGUACUGUCCCAGUUCUCCUAUAGUGACGUGUUCUUAGCCACAGUCUGUAUGCGUUUAGAUUAGGUUGAGAAUGUAUCCCAAAUGGUAGCCUAUUUGUUGAGUGCACUACUUUUGACUACGGCCCAUAGGGCUCUGGUCAAAUGUAGUGCACUAUAUAGGGAAUAGGGUGCCAUUUGGGAAUUAGAUUUGAACCUGCCACACACAUUUACGUACAUGACGUUUGUGUACAUUGUUUAAUCUAUAUAUGAUAUGUGCAUAUUUUAUAAUGUGUAUAUAGCAUAUGUAUAUAACAUAAAUGCACAAACAUGUAUUUAUUUAUUUAUUGUUUUUUGAAGUGCUGAUAUUAUUAUUCUUAGAGUUUCUAGUAAUGAAAGAUUUUGGUUUGUGAGUAAAUGGGUUGUUCAGCUUUUUAGUGACAGAGCUUUUGAUUUCAUCCUGCUCUCUCAUUGUCAAUGGUAUAGAUGGAGUGAUUGUGUGUGUUCAUUCCCCAAGGCUGUAUGUGUGUGCUGUGUUGAGCUGAUGAGCACAGUUUUAUCGUCAUGGCAUGUGUCUAAACACCUCUCAGAACCCCAAGGGACUGGUAAUUCCUUGACACAGAUAAUUGGAGAGUCUCCAUUGAAACGAGGCUUUUCCGGGACAAAAAAGCCAAAGUCCAGGACUAGGCUAAAUCAGUGUCCGGGAAACAGGCCCGAGGAAUAACCAAACCUUCUGUCCACCACCUUAGCAUCACACCCCUUCCUCUACUCUACAAUACAAUAUUAUUCUCCAUUCUUUUUUAAAAAUCCUAGUGAGUUAUUUUUUGUUCAAUAUUUUGUUUAUCCAUGAAGACUUGAAAAGCUAGUCUCAUUGAAGCAUCGGUUCAGUUUAGUACUUCACUCAUGUAUAGUGUAGUGCCAAAACUGAAUUGAUUUAUUUUUAUUUUAGAUGUACUGUUUGCUUAUUUAAUGAAGAAAAUAAAUAAAUGGGUUGCUUGUAACACA